GGAAAAGAGGGAAAGAAAACACUCAGGCUUCAGUGAUUUUUCUAUCAAGGUAUAUUCAGCCUCACCCCGUUUUACGGAGGGCCUAAAUAUUCCGCCUCGGCCCUGGACGGACGGGGUUGUUAAUUCGGGGGCCUGGGUCACUUUUACGUCUUAUAUAUAGAGGUGUGGAUUACCAUCACCCAACAACAAUUCCAGAUCAUUCAAUUGUACAGCGCCAAUUAGACAGCUAAAAAGAAACUGAUCUGCUCGUUUGUUAUACUAUACCUUGUCAUUUUUUUCUUAUUAAGCGGCGCGACAAUCUGCCACACAUGGCCGAACUAGCCGGAGCAUCCGCGGGAUCAGCGCCGUCAGCGCCAACUGCUUUCACUUUCUCGCACACUGUGGCCGCCUUCAAUCUGACACUUAGGGCACAUCUGGACAGGCAUCCGGAGUUCGAUGGUAUAGCUGUCGGUGCUUUUGUCUUUAAUCCCGAUGGUAAAAUGCUCCUGGUGCAACGAGCAGCACAUGACUCGUUGCCACUGCUAUGGGAGAUCCCGGGCGGCGCCUCUGACCCCGAAGACGAAUCUCUGCUGCACGCUGCAGUACGCGAGCUGUGGGAGGAAACUGGAUUGCACGCUAAGUCCAUCGUUGCCCUUGUGGAUAAGGGCCAGGCGUUUUUGAUCAGGGGGGGUUUCCGCAUGUGCAAGUUCUCCUUCUUGAUUGAGGUGAAAGGGUACGAUGUCAAGCUGGACCCGAACGAGCAUCAGGCGUACUUGUGGGUCACCGAAGAGGAAGCCCAAUCCGGGAAGUGUGGCGAAAUCGAAUUCGAGUACACGUUCAAGGAGCAGCAACUUGCAGUUUACAAGGCUUUUAAGUUGAGGAACGGGAUGUAACCUUGAGUGGAUUGUGGCUUGCAUGAGUGUUGGUUUUCAUACGGUAGUUCUGUAGUUAGACGAGAUGGGAGACCAUCUAUUGGUGUUUGGCUGUAUGUGUUGGUGUACAUACAUUACCUAAGAUAGGUGGAAGACUAUUGCUAUCAGAAAUCAUAUAUGCAUGGAUCUGGUCAAUAUUGAGUGAUACCUGGUUUUUUUUGCCUAAGCCAUAGUCGCAAAAGAUUGGGUAGUUUCAGUUGAUAGUAGAAUCCUAGCGUUCGUGGCGCUUACUUGGUAGUGUAUUGAUUUCGACAUCGUA